AUGGAUACAAAUGAUCCUGGAUAUCAAAUACUUUCGGAUGAUGAAAUAGUUCGUAACUUAUUUGAAGAAGAUGAAACUGAAGAAGAGGAAAAUGAAACUGACGAUUUGACUGAAGGUGAAAAUGGGCCGUCUCAUUCUGAAGCUUUUGAUGCAUUCGAUUUGGCGUUUAAAUGGUUUGAGAGACAAGAAGAAUCAAACACCACUCAAUUGUUGCAAUUAAGAAGAUUGAGAGACCUAGCUGCUCUAAAGAGAAAGUCAACUAUGAAGCAAACUAAAAUAUCAUCAUUUUUCAAAAUAAAAUAA